AUGGAUCUGAGACCGGAGCUGCCCACGGCCUCCUCUGCCUCGCAAGUCCACCCAGGAGCUGCGGCAGCGGCCGCAGCAGCCUCCAUCCCGGUGUCCAUGGCCGGCAACCUGCUGCGCGGCCCCCCGCUCCUCCUGCGCGCCGCGGACAAGUACCCGCGCACCCCGAAGUGCGCCCGCUGCAGGAAUCACGGCGUGGUCUCCGCGCUGAAGGGCCACAAGCGCUACUGCCGCUGGAAGGACUGCAUGUGCGCCAAGUGCACCUUGAUCGCAGAGAGGCAGCGAGUGAUGGCCGCGCAAGUGGCGCUGCGGCGGCAGCAGGCGCAGGAGGAGAACGAAGCCCGGGAGCUGCAGCUGCUCUACGGCACGGCGGAGGGACUCGCGCUGGCCGCCGCCAACGGCAUCAUCCCCCCGCGCCCAAACUACGACGUGUUCGGCUCCGUCAGCAGCGAGAGCAACUCUGGUGAGGGGAGCGGCCACUCGAGUAUCCAGAAGUACGAGCUGUUUCCAAAGAGCCAGCUCUCCGGGUCCGCCACCCCUCAGCAGUCUGUGGGGAAACCGGCGUCCAACGAGAGUGACUCGGCCCCGGGCAUCUCGUCCCCAGACGGCCGGCAUGGGGGCUCGGGCUCAGAGAACGGGGACAGCGAGUCUUUCAUCAGCUCGCCGGUGUCCAAGCCCUUGAAAGACGGAGAGGAGACUCCUGGGUCCGUCAGCUCUCUGGGGUCCGAUUCCGGCUCUGAGACCGACAAAGACGAGCAGGAGCCCUCCCCUUCCUCUGCGGCCUCCCGGCACAUGAACGCCAUCGACAUCCUGACCCGAGUCUUCCCCAGCCACAAGCGGAGCGUCCUGGAGCUCGUCCUGCAGGGCUGUGGCAAAGACGUGGUGCAGGCCAUCGAGCAGAUCCUCAACAACAGCGGCGCCCAGGGCCCCAGCAAGGCCGGUCCGGAGGAGACGUGGACGGCCGAGAGGAUGCUCCAAAACGCUCAGCAGCCACCGCCGUCCUCCGCGUCCACAACCGCCCCAACGAGGCCCAUGUUGCCGGGAGCCAUGACGCUGAGUAACCGCUCGGCGUUUUCUCCUCUCCAGCCGAACGCCUCGCACUUCGGGGCCGACCCCAGCACCUAUCCGCUGGGCACCCACUUGGGACUGAACCCGCUGCGGCUGGCCUACUCUGCGCACAGCCGGGGACUGGCUUUCAUGACUCCCUACUCCACCACCGGGCUGAUGCCCACUCUGGGCUUCAGACCCCCGAUGGACUAUGCCUUUAGCGACCUAAUAAGGGACAGGACAAUGUUGCACAAGGAGCAAGGCUAUGCCAGCGGCCUGUACGGGCCUUUGGUCAACAACACGCCGGACAAGCAGUGAGGCUGGCGGACUGAGCACAGAGACACAUUGCAUUGUAUUCGUAGUGUUGAAUGUUCUGGCGAAAAUCUGUGAUGUGUUUUGGCUACGGGAUACUGUACAUAAUAG